CAAUAUAUAAAUUUAGAUACAACAUUUUAACUUUAAAGUUAAAAAAGAUGAAGUGCCUAAGCCUCGCUUUAGUAAUUCUCUCGGUUUGUAGUGCAGCGUUGGCAGUGUCCAAUGGUACUAUCCAAGAAGCCCAUUCGACCCCAUGGAAUGUAAUAGUGUAUCCUGCAAUUGAUUUGUAUGAUUAUAUACAAUGUGUUGGAGUAUUGAUCUCAAGAAAUUACGUUUUGACUGCAGCUCAGUGCUUACAUACGACCAAUCAAUAUGUAAAGAUCCAUUCGCUAGGAGUAUACGCCGGUGUCUACAACUGGUACAUGCUUGAAGAUUUUGUCCAAAGCUACGGUAUCAUUCCCAUCAACAAAGUCUACGAACAUGAAGGAUACAACGCAACCACUUACGAAAAUGACAUCGCUAUUAUUGAACUUCCUCAUCCAGUCAACAUUACCGACGAAGUUCAGAUUGCUGAACUAGCUACUGAGGAAGAGGCAUUAUUGGGAGAAGUUGGUUAUAUUGCUGGAUGGAGCUUCCCCGUCAGAGAAGAAAACCACGGUCUACCACAUGGAGGCAACGUGACUGUCGUAUCCAACUCCGUCUGUCAAGAAACUUAUCCAUCAUAUAAAAUUGACGAGAAAGUGAUUUGUACCAGCGGACCUGUUGCCGUUUGCAAUGGAGAUCAAGGUACUGGAUUAACUGUCAACGGCAAAGUAGUAGGAAUAGCUUAUGCACCGAAAUCAGUUUUGUCGCCUACAGAAGAGUGUCCUAUAGUACCUAACACUUACUUGUACAUUCCCAAAUACUUGGACUGGAUUAAAGCACACAGUGACUAUGAGUAAAUGUUUAAAUAAAGUUCAACAAAUAUUUUUAGGACUGCACUUUUUUAUUGUUCUUUCUGCAUUCACUUUGUUUAUGUAAAAUGAAUUCCAGUAAAUAAAUAAUAAUAGCUAAAAUUAUA